GUGAAUGGUGUCACUGCCGUGCAGUUCCCUCACAGCUUCGUUGGAGUCAGGGGGCCCUGUAUUUGACUUCACCGUUUUAUUAUUUUGCGAUUAAGCGAAGACGAGCUCUCAUUUGGUUUGGUUAAGUGUCAUUAUAAGUUAGAUUAAACGGGUUAAUUUUAAUUUUACAGCUCUUGUUUGUCAAAGAAUGCGAAGUUAACGUUUAUCUUAGCCGGCUAGCUAACGGGCGAGCUAGUACCCAAUGUUGUUUUGAUUAUUUACUAAAACGAGUCUAAUUGCAGAGAUACAUAAUGAUAUUUUUGUAUUUAGGUGCAUUUGGAAAAAUACUUUACAUCGUAUAGACGAUUGAGCUGAAGAGACAGACCUUUAUUAUCUCCCAAGUUAGCAUACCAGCUAACUAGUUAGCCGGCGUUAACGUCGAACAGCUAUCAGCUAGCGUCCGCUGACUCUCUGGGGACCUUCCGGAUUGUUCCCUGACCCCGAACCGCAGAUAGUGUCUGGGGAGCUUAUAAAGCUCUCAGUGAACCAGAUCCAAUGCGCGGUAUGAUGGGAACUCAAAGCAGCCCCGUCAAGAGCUACGAUUAUCUCUUGAAAUUUCUUCUUGUGGGGGACAGUGACGUAGGAAAAGGAGAAAUCUUGGAGAGUUUGCAGGACGGAUCUGUGGAGUCUCCAUACGCCUACAGCAGUGGGAUUGAUUACAAGACCACCACUAUUCUUUUGGACGGCAGAAGGGUGAAAUUAGAGCUAUGGGACACAUCGGGGCAAGGCAGAUUCUGCACCAUCUUCAGGUCUUACUCUCGUGGAGCACAGGGCAUCCUGCUGGUUUAUGACAUCACUAAUGCCUGGUCGUUUGAUGGGAUUGAUCGCUGGAUCCGGGAAAUUGAUGAGCAUGCUCCGGGUGUUCCCAGGAUCCUUGUAGGAAACCGCCUUCACCUGGCAUUUAAGCGGCAAGUGCCUACAGAGCAGGCGAGGGCUUACGCUGAGAAGAACAGCAUGACCUUUUUUGAGGUCAGUCCUCUCUGCAACUUCAACGUUAUCGAGUCCUUCACAGAGCUGUCACGUAUCGUGUUAAUGAGGCAUGGGAUGGAGAAGUUCUGGAAGCCCAACAGAGUCUUCAGCCUUCAGGACUUGUGCUGCCGAUCAAUAGUCUCCUGCACGCCGGUUCACCUCAUCGACAAGCUGCCGCUUCCUGUUGCCAUCAAAUCCCACCUCAAGUCCUUCUCCAUGGCCAACGGCAUGAACGCCGUCAUGAUGCAUGGGCGCUCAUACUCGGUCACCAACAGCACAGCCUCUGGUGGCAGCAGCGGUGGAAGCAAAGCCAACAGUCUCAAACGCUCAAAGUCCUUCAAAGCUCCUCAGAGUCCUCCAAAAUACUCCUCCUCUUCCUCUAAGGGCAACUGUAAGAUCUCAUAGUGACAGAGUGGAGUGAGAUUUUCCCCUUAGUGCCGAUAUUAAAGCUGUUGCUUCAAGAGGUCACAAGACUGAAGAAGGCCACGUAGAGCUCCCAGCUGUCAGAAAUGAAUACAAAUAUGAACUUAUUUGAUGUUUGGGAAUUAAGUUGGACUGACGGACUGGUUUCUAUUGUCGGGCUCACCGGUCCCAUCCUGUGAAUGUUCAGUUACCUGUUCACUAUCUAGUAGAGGAUGAAUUCCUGGGGACCAACUAGUGUGAAUCAAGGCUCGCCAGUUAACACUACAGAUGGUUCCCUUCUGUAAGGAAAAACAAAAGAUUGUUUAUUGGUAUUUAAAGCUGGACUUGAUGUUAUUUGUAUAUAAAUACAUGUAUGUGUGUGUUUGUGAUGGGGUGAUUUUCAUGGGGAGGAUCUUGUCAUGUUUGUUUUAUCUUGAAUGUUUUGACAGACGUGCUUUAAAUGUUUUUGUGUCUUGUGGCCUUUUUGUACAGGAGAAAACUAGCUUUCCAACAUCAAAGUUGCUGUGCUAUUAAUUCAAACUUUGUUUAAAACAUUUUAAAAUUUGCUACUUAGGUGGAAUUAAAAAGGAACAGCUCCUAGUUUUUCAAACUUUUAAUUCAUGUUCACCACCCAUUGGUUCAUUCAUAAGUACACGAUGUCAGGGCUUUUUAAACCUACAUUUUACCCGCUUUGUUGUGAAACUGUUUUAACUAUCGAAAGCAUGGUUGGUUUUGAUCUCUGCUUGACUCAUUAAAAACAAAACUUGUACAAACUA